UUGUGCAAGUCUACUUGCAUUUUUACACGUGGAAAAUAUAGUAAACAUAUGACAGAUAUAAAACUAGUCAAAUGACAUUAGCCAAUUGGUCUAUUAUAAUAAUAACAAUAAUGUCUUCAUAAUAGAUUUUAAAUAAACAAUCACACUUGAAAGAAGGUGUUUUGUUACCAAUUAUUUUACAUCAGCAUGCAAAGUUGCAUCUCGAGAUGUAUUGUAGUAAAAUUAUUAAACAAAACUACUCAAGAUCAAUAAAUAUUAUAUUUGCUGCUAAAUAUUCACGUAGAAGUGCUAAAAAUACGACGACAUACAAAUUAGUUAAAUCAAAUGGUAUCGAUGCUGAUAUCGACAAUGGAGAAUUGGACAACAAUCCAAACUGGGAACUGUUCGGACCAAGAGGUUUCAGAUUUUAUUUACCAGGUAGUAUAGGACCUGGAUGGUUGGAUCAGUCUACUACUGCUCAAGUUGAAACCCGAUCUUUUUUAUUACCUAACAACGAUGGAGAGCUUGAUGGCAGCGAUGAUUUUGACGCUCAUGGAAUUAACGAUGAAAUUAUAAAUGUUUAUAAAAAUAAAAACAAUAAUAAUAAAAACAAUAACAGUAAAAACAGAAGAAAAUGUGAUCAAAACCAGCCUAUUUUACAUUGCAUAGCACAAGAGUGUCCAAUGUUAUUGAGAAAAGGUAUCCAAGAACUUUUUCCUAGUAGUGUUGAUGCUGCCUCACCUCAACUUACUAUUGUCACCAUCACACAGAAAUUGAAUCCUAGAAUGAUGAGAUGGAGCAAAGAAAUUGAGACUGAAAGAUUAGCUAAAUUUUUUCUCCUUGCUGCUUCAGACAUUUGUUCAAAACUUAAAAUGUUUGGAUACUGGGCUGAUUUUAUAAAUCCAUUCAGUGGUCAGCCCUACUUGAAUCCUCAUAAAACUGGUGUAUUGUAUAAAACAGACGAACGUUUUCGUUGUUUAGGCUUCAAAGUUAACAAAACCAAUAGCUGUAAAAUAAUAUCACAUGAGAACAAAGGCUCUGAAUUUGUUGGAAGUCUUUACACAUCUGCUCCAGCGAAUAUGGAUUUCUUUAAAGACAUUAUGAGUGGUAUGUCCGAUCAUUAAAACGUUAACCUUGAGUCGAACGCUGGCUAUUUAGCGUUUGUUAUUAAUAAGUAAAGAAAUUCUAUAGAACAAUAAAUUAUAGUCUGUAUUUUUUCGAGUAUAGACUAUUCUUAAUUUAUAGACACUAUUAUGAUCUACAGAGAUAUACUUAUACUGGUUAUAUAAAUAAUAACAACUAUAAAAAGGAAAAAAAAAAAAUUAUUUAU